AUGAUAAUUACGACAUGGAUUGUGUAUAUUCUCUCCCGGAAAGGUGUAGGGUUCCCCUUCCCACCAAAAACCAGUUCGGAUAUUGAAGUUGUGGAAAGCGAGGCUGUGUCUGUAGUACAACACUGGUUGAACAAAACUGAAGAAGAGGCUUCCCAGGAUAUAAAGGAGAAGAUGUCCACCACCAACCCUCCUACCUAUGGCCAAGAUGUGCAUGUGACCAGAGAUGUGGUGAAGCACCAUCUCUCAAAGUCUGAUUUGUUAGCAAACCAGAGUCAAGAAGUCCUGGAGGAAAGAACAAGAAUCCAGUUCAUAAGAUGGAGCCAUACCCGUAUCUUCCAAGUGCCAAGUGAGGUGAGAGAAGAGGUUAUGCGUGACAGAAUAGAGCAGGUGAGACGAAGCUUAUGCCAUUUAACGGAUGAAUCAUCUCAGGAGAUUCACAGCAGAAAUUCCCACUCAGACUGCUGA